AACAAAGACGGAUAAUCGAGAGCUUCAUAUUAAGUUAUACUGUUAGUGAGUGAUUGAGUGGCUAUACAGCUGACCAAUUUACAACUAGUCGACGUUAAUGUCCUGUUUAAAGCGUAAGUGGUAGCGCCCAAAGCGGAGCUAGCCAACUAUUUGACAAACUAGCAAUCGUUGUCUAGCCAGCUAGGAGAUAAAAUAAUACACCGAUUAAAAAAAUACAUUUCUGUCGAUUGAGCUGUUUUGGUGUGUGCUAAGGAUCUAGGUUUCCGUGUAAACAGUAUGUCAACUCCAGCAAGACGACGUUUAAUGAGAGAUUUUAAACGGCUGCAAGAGGAUCCUCCAGCUGGAGUUAGUGGGGCCCCAUCAGAAAACAAUAUCAUGGUAUGGAAUGCUGUCAUUUUUGGCCCAGAGGGAACACCUUUUGAAGAUGGAACCUUCAAACUUACCAUUGAAUUCACAGAGGAAUAUCCAAAUAAACCUCCAACAGUGCGAUUUGUCUCCAAAAUGUUUCAUCCAAAUGUGUAUGCCGAUGGCAGCAUAUGCUUAGAUAUACUUCAGAAUCGUUGGAGUCCAACCUAUGAUGUUUCUUCAAUCUUAACUUCAAUACAGUCUUUACUGGAUGAGCCAAACCCAAACAGUCCAGCCAACAGCCAAGCAGCCCAGCUGUACCAGGAAAACAAGCGGGAGUACGAGAAGAGGGUUUCUGCCAUUGUUGAACAGAGUUGGCGUGACUGUUGACCCAUGUUAUAGUUCAUCUAUGAACAGUGUCCAGCCCUGAAUCAAGAAACCACAGAUCAAGAAAACCGAUCUCACAGAAAUUAAAAUGACACAUCUUAAAAUUCUUCGCAGUAUAUUUGUCCCAUAACUGUUGCUAAGUUUGUAUGCUGUUGUGUUGUGGCAUUCACUCCUGCUGAAUGCUGUUGUUGGGCAAUUGCGUCUGUUUGUUAAAGUUAAUGUACCUUGUUAUAUCUGGGUUACUUGCUACAUGCCCCAACGUUUUUUUUCUUUCUUUUUUCUAAAAAGGCAAUAAUCAGUCUCUCAGUUGUCACUUUUCUACCUGUUUAUUUAUACAAGAAGUAAACUGGCUGGAUGAUACAGUGGCCGCUAAUUAGAAGUGCUUGCUGUGUGGUUUGCUGUGUACGUACAGACAGUUCAUAUCUACAAAAACAAAGCUGUUCAUGGGUGUUUCUCCUUCUGGUUCAGUGGCCUCUCUCCUUUUGGUUAUGUUUUUUCGGCCUUUUGAAAGCUUAUCAGAGGGUUAGAAGAACUGACCUGGCAUGGACAUCCAUCUCUCCAGUAAGUUGUGAACUCAACAGAUGCCUUUAGAUUAUUUUUUUUUCUCAAAUGUACCUCUAAAACCAUGCCUUUUGAUUUUAAAAAUAUUCAACAUAAUGGCAAAUGUAUCCACAUCAUCCCUCUUCAACACAGGAACAAGACAUUUAGUUCCCUUUUGGGGAACUUCAGUUUGUUUCAUAAUGCUGAUUUUCAAAGGCUGUGUGACAACAUUUCUAUGCUAUUUUACAAUCUUACAAAUCAGCUAUCAUAGGCUGAUUAUACUGUUUAAAACAGGAUGGUGUCUCUUUUCAGAUUAUAAAACUUUGCACUUGUAACCCAUGUAACAAACUGUACAUUUUCUUGUAAAUAAAAUAAGUAUAAUCAGA